UCAAGCUCGCUCAUUGAAUAAGUCGAGGAAUUGCUUGCAGUUGCGCAUGAAACAUUCAAAUUACCAAAAUAAUUAAUUGCGGUAACUGUAUUAUGUGGUCCACAGACAUCAUACUGUCCUGAUUGGUUACCGGUUAUUGUAUGUCCAUACAUAAUAUGAUAUUUUAAUAGUAAAAUGUUGUUCAAAAUAUUAAAAAUGCAGUUUAUUAAACUUUGGUGGUUGUUCAGUUUCUGCACUAUGCAGAUAAAUGGCUCGACACAUUGGAUGGUGACUGAGGGUGGCCUUAUUCAGCCGCGGCUGGACUCACCUUUUGAAAUGGCUCGACCAUAUGACUUAUUGGCAUUUUUGAAUCAAGACACUCGCUGGGAUAACAUAAUCAACAUACAUCAUGAUUUGUCUAAAAGACAACAGCUCAUAAAAGGGCUUUGGGCAGAACUAGAGAGAACUACAGAUGUUAACACUUUAUUGAAUGAAGAUGAGAAUUGUGUUAAAGUAGGUCAAUUGAACAUGAUGGACUGGUAUAUAUCCUCUUUGGAGGAAACUAAAUCAAAGACAUCUCAGGAAGAUCUCAAAAUUCUUAAUUUCAAGUUUGAGGAAGGUGAUGUGCCAGAUUGUAAAAAGCUGUCCUCAUUGACAUUUAGUAUGUGUGCCUUUGAACAUUUAGAGGGUAUGAAGCAGAGGGAGAAUUUAAGUGCAAGUCCAGAGCUUACCUUACCAACUCACAUGUCAGUCUUGUCAGAUAUAACGGAUAUGAGUGUUGACCAGUUCGGCUCCUGGGUGGCCGGAGUACUGAGGAAGAAUAGCUCUUCAUGGCUUCAUUACAAUAUGGCUUCCCUUUAUUGGAGGGUCCGAGGUAAUGCACCUAAAGCCAUGGAGUGUAGCCGUCGAGCUGUACAUUAUGCACCUAGAGAAUACAAAGACAUAGCUCUUUUGAGCAUGGGACUGAUUUUGCACCGUAGCAAACUGACAGAGGAUUCUGUCGUUAUCUUGGGAGCAGCUGUUGACCAUGAUAAAGGCUGCCCCACAAACCAUUUUAUACUUGCCAAUGCAUUAGCUGUAGUAGGAGACUUCAACAGUUCUCUCAAACACUAUGAUGCUUGCCUAAAGUUGAAUCCUUUAAACGAUUUGGCUGUUAAAUAUAAAAAUGCAGUUAUGUGCCACACUUACCUACUGAAUAGAAUGCAAAUAGUAUAUGAAACUUUAAGUAAACUUCGUGGUGAACUAACCGAGUAUAGUCAAAGAGAGGCAGUAUGGCUCAAAUCACAGGCUGCAUUCCUUAGAACCAUGAAGCAUAAAGAGGAAUUUGAUUACAGGGAUGUAAGUAAAAACUUCGACAAAAUUUCUGAACUAACAGGCUUAAAUAUAAAAGAUUUGAAAAAAGAAGGUGAUAAAUAUUCAUUGAUACAAUACUUCUUGGAUGGGCCUACUUACAACGACAAGUGGUUGAAGGAGAAAGGAGUUCAUUCAAUAGAGUCUGCAUACAGUUUGCAGAGACUUGUGAAACAUAUAGGCAGGCAUGCUAACAUGGUUUUAGAAGAUUUGGCACCAGACGCAGAUUAUGUUAAGCUGGCUGAAGCAGAUAUUUUGCAGGAAAUUGGUCCUACACCGACAUUCCCUGAUCUGUUUCCAGAGAUUGUCAAAGCUAAUGCUUUUAUCGAUACCACUGAAGCAAAUGAUCCUUCGAAGCCAGUUGAUAAGAAACCCAUUGCGGUUGAACAUGAAGAGAGCAUAUCUGAAUAUGAUACAGGGAUAAUUUUAUAUCCAACAACAAUAAAAAUAAGUAGAACUUCAGAAGACUUUGAUAAUGAAGCCGAGUGGCCGUCGACAAGACUUUGCAAAGAGGCUGCGCCUACGUUUCCGGACAAUUUAGAAGCUAUUUAUCAAAUAUUUUUACCGUUUGAGAAUAAGGGAUUAAGACUGAAAUCGCUGCUGACUGACAAAAUAGGUUACUCAGCUAAAGAGGAGCAUGAGUUACCGUGGCAUCCUCCCACGUGUCCCAAUGAUAAGGACGCCGCUGCAUUUACACAGAAAAAACCACAGAAGCCACAAUUUGUGAGUGAAGUGGUGGCAACAGAUUACUUACGCAACAAACUGUUGGAGUACGUUGGUGACGGAGAUGCUUCUGUUGUCAAGAACAUGCAGGACGCGGAGAUAGGACAACGGAUAUACGCUGCUAUGCAGAUGAGAUUAGCUCCAAAAUGGCUGCUAUACACGAUGUCUUCGCUCUACUGGCGAGUGCGAGGCAACAACGUGAAUGCCUUACACUGCGCCAUGACAGCCAGCCGCACUGUGGAGCAGAGGUUUAAAGACAUCGUGUUGAUAUCAUUAGCGUCCAUAUACUUGGAGAUGGGGUACUUCGACGAGGCACUGAAUGCUGCUGAAGAGGCUUUCAAAUUGAGUCUUUAUGAGCCAGCAACAAACUUCAUUCUAGCAGAGCUGAACAUGAUAAAGAAGCAUCGCAAUACACAUAUGUUUCACUUAAAGCAAGUGAUACGUGUCGAACCGAUGUAUAUGGGCGGGCUGGUUCGCGCGCUACUGGUGGGCUGGUCCUGUCUGUUUAAGCAAGUUAAUGUACUCCAUGAAUUAGAAUUUAAUGAAGGCGAUAUAUGUACUCAAGUGGAACCGGGAAUGAGUAUGGUGUGUGAGAAGGACGGCACGAACUGUCACUUAACUAACAUACAGUGUUAUGGCGCUCAUGAACGUGAAAGCAGCACUUUAGUACGAAUGCUUGAACUAAAAGACGAUAAUAUCCAGGGCGCGUCGGUAGACGAUAUGGAUGAGGGGGUCUUCGAUCAUUUCGUACAGAACAUGCCGACCGACAGGACGGAUAAGGUCGGCCAUCAGAAGAACUAUGAUGCCUUGAUGAAGACUGUCGGGAAGGCGCUAAAGGGUUGCGGGAAUAGAGGAUGUGCAAGUAUCCAACCAGAGGACUUGGCUUUAAAAGAAGAAGAUUGCACUUAUCAACAUUUAGAACUUGGAUAUUGGUUGCACAUCAUUAGCUUUAGGCAGCUACUCAGUGAUUCCGAAUCAAGGCUACCAGCAGAAAUUGUAGCAAUGACGCCAUCGAACAAGAAAGUUCCAGAAUGUCGUAUAAACGUUGAUCCGUCGGAGGACUUCUUCCUAGAUCGCCUGACGAAGGUUGACACUGAAGGUUGGGAGCCAGUCCUCAGUCUGAUGCACCAGUUCGCUGAGCUCUUCAACUUCUAUGACUAUGUUACUCUUGGAGCUAAGAUAGCUAAAUAUGUGGAAACGCACCCGUCGUGCUGGGCGGGGCAGGCGGCGGCGGGCUGGUGGUGCGGCGCGGGCGGGCGCGGCGCCUGCGCGGCGCGCUGCCUGGCCGCCGCCGCCGCGCGCGCGCCCGCGCCGCACGCCGCGCACGCGCCGCGCGCGCUCGCCGCGCUGCUGCACAUACAAUCCAAAAUAAAAGACGCAAGGGACGUCGCGUAUCUAUCAUUUUAUGCAAGACCGAAAAGUAAAAUAGAAGCUUUCCUGGUUGGAGUGUCACAUACAUAUUUGGCGGAGUACGAGCCAGCUGUCUGGAUGUACCGAUACGCGCUCACCUUCGACGAGAAGUUCUUGCCAGCGAAAGCCUGUCUCCACGCCACCAUGUGUCUCAUGCUCUUCGGGGAUGCCGCAAAGUCGAAACCUAAACCAACCUAAACAUUCACAUUAAUAACUAAGUUACACUAAAGACGCAAUGAAAAUAAACGAUCAUUUUGAAACAUAAUAAUUGAAGACCAGGUAAAACAAUAUGUCUCGUUGAUCAUAUAGGAACUUGAAGCGCCAUCUAUCUACUUCACUGUUUGCGCGCGCAUUUAUGGUUUGACCAAUCAGAAAUGCGGGCUCACUUUUUCCAGACUUGGUUUUCCGCACCUGUGAAAAUAAUUAUUCAAACGUUCAUAAAUGAUAAUUAUUUUAAAUUGUGCCAGUGUAUUAAAAAAAUAACCUGAACAAAUCGCAAACAUUUCCCCUAAGAUAAGUAUACUGUAAUAAAUCGUUGUUCCAAUAUUUAUUUAUUCAGUACCAGUAGUUCAUGAACAAAAUAUUCGUACAUACAUAAGUGGAUUAAUAAUUAUGCAUAUUAAUGUGAUGAGGUAAAUGUUGUGACCAUAAUUAUAAGUAUAUACAGAAUAACAAAUACUUUAUCGUUCCUUGAAAAAUACGUUUUGUUCUAGUUAGAAGUUCAUUGCAUAUAUUUUCUACAGUUACCAACAAUAAGGUGAAAAAGCUGUCAAAAAUGCUACGUAGUGCAAUUUAAAUCGUAAACUCGUUUGGGCUGUACUUUUGUCAAAUUUAAGUUUCGUAAUUCAUUGCCUAAACAUAUUUCUGCGCUCUUGUUUCAGGUCAACCUGCCUUAUUAUUUAUUUCAUACAUUAAACUUAAAUCCAUCAUACCAAUUUGCCUGUAACUGUUUUUGACUUGCCAAAAAUCGUUCGUUUUCAUGAUAUAUUUAUCAUAGUGUAUUUGUAGUUUUUAUUUAUAUUAAUUUAAAUUUAUUUCCGCCUAAGAACAAAAUGUUGAAUCAUUCCUUGUUGUUAUGCUCAAAUUCUUAAUUAAACCUUCAUAGUAGUUAAAUUUUCGUUAAUAUAUAACUAGUCAUAGGUACCUUAAUUAUUCCAUAACAAUACGUUAACAUCAUGGCCGUGUACCUACAAAUGGUUUAAAGUUUAAACGAUACUUAAACUCGAAGUACAUACUGUUGAUGUAAAUUAUUUUUGUAUAAACAUUUUGUGUGUAAAAUGUUUUCUAUGUUGCUAUUUCCAAUUAGAUACUUAAGACUGACCUGCUUUUUUAGUAUCAAUAAACUUAAACAAUUUUCAAGUGAU